GAGAUAAGCAAGGCUCAGAGAGAGUCUGGUCCUCUGGGCUCCCUAAACAACCCAGGCGCUGUGGGGCGAGGCUGUUAGCUACCAAGAACAAUGAAACUUCCAGAUAUCACUGCCCAAGUGAAAACUAGGAGUCUGUGGAUUUUCUGAUUCCUCGUCCUUGUCAAGCUUGCUUCAGGAUGUCUGAAGCCUCCAAGGAGGGUGUGGAGACCUGGGGGCUGCUGGUGUCAGGCAAGGUCUGCUUAACAACCAUGGACAAAAAGCUUAAUGUGCUAAACGAGAAGGUUGACAAACUCUUGCAUUUCCAGGAAGAUGUCACGGAGAAAUUGCAGUGUGUGUACCAAGGCAUGGGCCACCUGGAGCAGGGCCUACACCGCCUGGAGGCCUCUCACAUCCUGGGCCCAGGUGGGGCUGACCAUACUCCUCCAGCUGACGCACAGGCUGGGUGGCCAGAGGUCCUGGAGCUGGUGAGGAAUGUGCGGCAGGAUGCUGCCCAGCAUGGUGCCAGGCUUGAAGCCCUAUUCAGGAUGGUCGUGGCCGUGGACAAGGCCAUAGCUUUGGUGGGGGCUGUGUUCCAGAACUCGAAGGUGAUGGAUUUCAUCAUGCAAGGGAGUGUCCCUUGGAGGAAAGGAAGCCUGGCUGAUGGCUCUUCAGAGAACAAAGAUCGAGUGGAAGAGAAAGGAGCAAAACCAAAGCAUGUGCUGAGCACCAGAGCCGUGCAGGCCGAGAUCAGGGGGUCUCCGGAGGAGAGCCAGAAGGAAAACUUGCCAGAGGGGACAGUGGAGACGCUGACUCCCAUCAAUGCUUCAGGGAUAGGAUCUGAUCUUCUCACCCAGGAAGAGGCUUCACUAGGGCAGGCAGAAGUGCCCCCUGGCCACCUGCCGCUGCCCACAGAGGUGGAAGACAAAGUUCCUAGAGCAUUCAUUGAGAACCCUGGGACUGACCUGGAAUUGUCUGCAGCACCCAACAGGGUCAAGGAGGCCCCAACCAGCCAGGAGACUUUACCCAGUACAGCACGAGGAUCAUCAUUCAGCAGGCCUGACUCUCGGCCCACAGAGGCAGGCAUGAGGCUGACUCCAGGGCUGCCAGUCCAGGCCAAGGCAGCUUACAGUGGUGUAGAAACACCUCCGAGGAUCUCCAUCCAUGUGCAGGAAACAGACACCCCUGGGGAGCUGCUUGUGACACGAGGGGGCAGCCUCAGACACAUACCCCCUGAGGAGGCUCCAGCAGCUGCCUAUCCAGGUGAGCAGGACCCACCUGGGCCCACCCCCCAGACCCCUGUGACCAAGUCAGAAAAACAGAUCCCAAAAGGAGCUGGAAAGAUUUCCCCACUGUGGAAGCGGAGCAGCGAUGAGGGAGCAAAGGCAGAGGAGAAGCAGGGGCCUGGGGCUGAGUCCACCGUGGGACCAAGAGGGGCCAGGAGGAACAUGGGAGACCAUGCUGGAUCCCUGGGCCAGCAGCAGGACAAAGACCCAGGGACAGGAUACCCUGAGCCUGGAAAGGACUGCACAUCCAGAGGCAUGGGCAGAGCUGAAGCAGGAAGGAAGACCCCCCUGGGAGCCGAGGCUGGCAGCGUGGUUCUGGAUGACAGUCCAGCCCCACCAGCCCCUUUUGAACACCGCGUGGUGAGUGUCAAGGAGACCGCGACCUCAGCAGUUUACACAGUGUGCCAGCAUGACGUCUUGGGAGGGGGCCGGUUUGGCCAGGUCCACAGGUGCACAGAGAAGUCCACAGGCCUCUCACUGGCAGCUAAGAUCAUCAAAGUGAAGAGUGCCAAGGACCGGGAGGAUGUGAAGAAUGAGGUCUACAUCAUGAACCAGCUCAGCCACGUGAACCUGAUCCAGCUCUAUGAUGCCUUUGAAAGCAAGAACAGCUUCACCCUCGUCAUGGAAUAUGUGGAUGGAGGUGAACUCUUUGACCGGAUCACAGAGGAGAAGUACCAGCUGACUGAACUGGAUGUGAUCUUGUUCACCAAGCAGAUCUGCGAGGGUGUGCAUUACCUCCAUCAGCACUAUAUCCUGCACUUGGACCUCAAGCCAGAGAAUAUACUGUGUGUCAAUCAGACAGGACAUCAAAUUAAGAUCAUUGACUUUGGGCUGGCCAGAAGGUACAAGCCUCGGGAGAAGCUUAAGGUGAACUUCGGCACUCCAGAGUUCCUGGCCCCAGAAGUCGUCAACUAUGAAUUUGUGUCCUUCCCUACAGACAUGUGGAGUGUGGGGGUCAUUACCUACAUGCUACUCAGUGGUUUAUCCCCAUUUCUAGGGGAAACAGAUGCAGAGACCAUGAAUUUCAUUGUGAACUGUAGCUGGGAGUUUGACACUGACACCUUUGAAGGGCUGUCAGAAGAGGCCAAGGACUUUGUUUCCCACCUGCUGGUCAAAGAGAAGAGUUGCAGAAUGAGUGCCACGCAGUGCCUGAAACAUGAGUGGUUGAAUAAUUUGCCUGCCAAAGCUUCAAAAUCCAAAGUUUGUCUCAAAUCCCAAUUAUUACUGCAGAAAUACAUGGCUCAGAGGAAAUGGAAGAAACAUUUCUACGUGGUGACUGCUGCCAACAGGCUAAGGAAAUUUCCAACUUGUCCCUAAUUCUCAACUCGGCUGCUCCCAUGGGCCCAGAAGUUAUGGACUGGUGGUGAAGUGAUGACUCAAGAUUUUUAAUAAUCCAGUCUUGUAAUGAUACUGAUUUCAUCUUUUUUGUAAAGAAAGGUUAUGGCUGUUGCCUUCCUUGUGGGUGAAAAGUGGCUGUAAGGAAAGUGACCCGACCUUUUUUUUUCUGCCUUGUAAGAUCAUACUAAGUUGAAAUGCUGUGUUUACUUCUCAAGUACACCUACUUUUGGUGAUAAGUAUAGGCAUGCUUUAGGUAGGUAGGAAAGCUUCUACUUUGUAUAUGUCAAAUUUAAAGUCUAAGCUUACUCUGAUUAGAGAAUCAGUAGACUGUUACACAGGGGUAUGUUAUGCAGCGUUAUCUCCUCCAGUACAAAUAAUUCCUAGAAUUUUGAUUUGCUCAAGUGUGAGCUGACAUUUUAUUGUACUACCCUGUUCUUGUGGAAAGCAAUGUAGAUUUAGGGGUAGUGAUCCUCAAAUUUGUUUUAACUUGUGCUCCGUUUUGGGAAACAAACCAUGCAUCCUUUAAUAUUCUUUGAAACUUCAAAAUACACCAUAUCACCUGUCAUGGCUAAAUCAGAACAAUGAUCAUUUUGAAUGUGCUUUUUAAAUCCAUACACAUCUCCACCCUCUCCUAAGUGGUCCUAUUCUGGCACUGGUAGUCUCACUUCUGACCUCCCUUCCUCAGGUUUAUGGUCUAGGAAGUCUGGACACUGAUAUGCAAUAUGUAAAAGAGAUAUAAGAGUGUAAAAUGAUUUUCAGUCUUCUGAGAGAAACACAGAAUGAUACAUCAUGAGACAAUAAACUGCUGUUCUACUGCUUUAUGGAUAUACCACUUUUAAUGUUGUCAUUUAACUAACUUAUAAAAUGAUUAACAAGAAGUACUUUAUUAUUUGAAAGUAAAGAAUGCUUUUAAUUUCCUCGCUUAUAACUUGA